AUGUGGAAGCCUGUACGUCGUGGUGCUCGCUAUUUACGUGAUUUUGAGCCGCACUUUCCCCCAGAGAAGUGGCCGACGGUUGGCUAUGUGCAGACACCUCAGUACUUUGAGGACUGUCUGCAGCUGCGCCUUGGUGACCCGUGCGGUCACCGUAACUCGACGUUCUUUGAUUCAGCGCAGACUGGUAUGGAUGGAUACGACUGUGCUUCAUUUGCUGGGACGAAUGCUAUCUUCCGCCGUGAAGCUCUGGAUUCAGUUUGUGGUAUCCAGUACGGAUCACUGACUGAAGAUGCUUACACGGGCAAGAUGAUGGUAGAUAAGGGAUGGAAAGGUUACUAUUUCCGCAAGGAUCUUGAAGGUGAGGAGGCUGACCGUAUUCGUCUUGCAGAAGGUGCUGUGCCCGAGUCUGUCGCUGCUGCCUUAGCCCAACGUAAGCGUUGGGCAAAAGGCAACUUCCAGAUUUUUUUGCGCAAUAAGAAAAGUUUGGUGGAUCCAGAGUGGACGCCACCACAAGUUGAGCUGCCACCGAAGCGCAAGAUCAAUAAGUUUAUGCGCUGGGUGUUCUUUAUGAACCUGACCGUGUAUCCAAUCGGUUCGUUCCCGGCUAUCUUCUUCUUUUACAUCACGGCCUACUUUCUGUACACUGGCCAAGCUCCGAUAUAUACGUCUGGGCUGCGUUUGCUUAUGGCUCUUGUUCCUAAAAUUGUGGCGCAGAGUAUUCUUUCGGCUCUAUCGAAUCGAACGGUUGACAAUGACGAUGUACUGCGUAGUCAGCAAACGUGGUUCUCGUACGCGUUUGUACAUGUUAUGGCUGUUUUUGAAACUUUUUACUGGAAAUUUACGGGUAAAGAGGCCACAUGGGCUAAUACGGGCGCUAUUGGCGGCAACAGUAUCAUGGAGCUGCCGAACCUACUGGUGUUUAUGUCGAUGGUCUUUGGGAUGAUGUGGGAUACGGUGCGCUACUUUGCGGGUUACAAUAACGCGGCUACAACUCACGGCACUCCGCUCUACUUUGCGUCGCUCUUUUUGGGUGGCUUUUUGGCUAGUCAACUGGGUCCCAUGGUGCGUAUGAGUGUGCAGACGUAUUUUGGCUGGAGUCACAAGAGUAUGACGGACCAGGGGAAUAUGGUCGGUAGCUUUUCGCUUGCGUUUGUGCUCAUUAUCCUGUGCAUUUGGGUGUACGUUGAGACGCCAAAUCACUCCAUUUUUGGCUAA